CUUGAUCCUUGUCUCUGCUCUCCCACACGGCCACUUUCGAAAUUCAUCAUGUCGCCCAAGUCAGAUAAGGCUGAUGUCGACCCUCAACGAGAUUUGAUACAGCCAGAACCAAAGCGCAGAUGGGUGAGCUAUCUUUGGGACACCUUUGACAAGCCCUCAGAAGAGCGCCGACUUCUUUUCAAGCUGGACUUUGCUAUUCUGACAUUUGCAUCUCUGGGAUAUUUCAUUAAGUACUUGGAUCAAAUCAACAUCAACAACGCGUUUGUCUCUGGAAUGAAGGAAGACUUGGGCAUGUAUGGCAAUGAGCUCAACUAUAUGCAAACAUGUUGGACUGUCGGAUAUGUGAUAGGAGAGAUUCCAAGUAACAUCCUUCUGACUCGGAUAAAGCCAAGGUAUUGGAUACCAGCAAUGGAGCUUCUCUGGACUGUUCUCACAAUGUCCUUGUCUCGAUGCAACACCCCGACUCAAUUCUACGUGCUGAGGUUUUUUGUUGGACUAGCCGAGAGCACCUUUUACCCAGGAAUGCAAUACAUCAUCGGAUCCUGGUACCGCAAAGAUGAGCUUGCAAAACGCUCCUGUAUCUUCCAUACUAGUAGUGGAAUUGCUAGUAUGUUCUCCGGAUAUCUCAUGGACGCAGUGUAUCGGCUUGGGGGACGGGGAGGUUUCAAAGGUUGGCAGUGGCUUUUCAUCAUCGACGGUGUGAUAUCUUUGCCGGUGGCCAUAAGUGGAUUUUUUAUCCUUCCGGACGUGCCCGAGAUCUCCAACAAGGGGAGGUUGAAAAGGAAUGAUCUCGCUAAUUUCUACCCUAGAUUCUUGAAGGACUCAAAAGAUCCAGUCUACUCCAUCAGCCAGAUCAAUUCGAUACCCACAACCACUCCUGCCGUUCAGGUUGUGACGACCCUGGCUUAUGCAUGGAUUUCUGAUACCAUACUGAAAGGCAGUCGCUGGCCUCCAAUUGUGUUUGGCGCUUGCGUCAAUAUCAUCAGUUAUGUCUCUCUUGCGGUGUGGAAUAUCCCACCGGGAUGGAAAUGGACGUGCUACAUCAUCAGCGGGGCUGGUUAUGGACUCAGUGGUCUACUCAUGGCUUGGGCCCAUGAAAUUUGCUCUGAUGACAACGAGGAACGAUCUCUAGUGAUUGGGAGUAUGAACGAACUCGCUUAUGUCUUCCAGGCCUGGCUACCUCUCAUCGUAUGGCAGCAAGUUGAUGCACCAGAGUAUCGCAAGGGGUUCAUCACCGUUACUGUUCUCUCAAUCCUUCUGAUUAUCUUCACCUUCCUCGUUCGCUUCCUUCACAAAAAAGAGAAAUCGAAUACAAGGUACGCUGUGAACACAUUACUUCUCAUUGAUAUUCUUCUUCUCAUGGCUAAUGAGCUAUAG